AUGCACUCACUCAUACGCAUCGGCCCAUUCACACCCAAACCCAUUCUCAAACCCGUCUCAGCAAACCGCGCCACCACCACCACCACCACCACCACCACCAACACCACCACCAACACCACCCAGCGCGACCCCAAACAGACAGUCACCUUCCGCCACCCCAUCUCCACAAUCUACCUCAUCGCCGACAACAAGAUGUCCCUCCAAGGGCUAAUCCGCACCGUCCUCACGACACUAACCACCGCUUUCUUCUUCCGCACCAUUCUCCUCUACGGUUUCCGCAACGGCAUCAACGCCCGGCGCAGUAUCUCCAACGUUCUUACGCCCACAGCCUACGGCGCCGCCACGGCGGUGUACACGCUGAUGCUUUUUAGCUGUCUCGUCACGUUGGUCACGGGCACACUGGCGUACUACGUCUAUUGGUCGAGGGCGUCGUUCUGGCGCGAUUACCGCGUGCUGGCGUGGUUUCCGAAUCCGUUUGCGCUGCUUACGGGCCAUGUGACGGGGCGCACACGGAGGAGGAUUUUGCAGGGGUUGGCUAUUGCUGUGGUGGCGACCUUGUCGCAUGCGACUUACCGGAUGGGAUAUAUGGCAGGUGCGGUAUUCGGGACGGAGAGCCUGACGUUGGUUUAUUCUUUGGCGAGGAACGGUGUUUUUGUUGAAGCCCACAGGCUGAGGCAGGAGUGCUGGGUUGCCCUCGGGGGAGGGGUAUUGAUGACGGUGGUAUACUGGUGGGAUCAGCUCGCGGGGUGGGUCAAUGGGCCCCAGGGGCUUAACAAGCUGCCGGCGAAGGGAAAGAAGGAGUAUAGAUAUUGA